UCAAUAUGUUAAAUAAGAGAUUAUUUUUUGUUUUCAAUGUUAAUAUCUCGUCUUUUACAUUUUUAAUAGCAACAUAGUUUUUGUGAAAUGUAGCUGACGAAAUGGCUUUAUUAUCUAUUUCAAUGGCUGAAGUCCACCACUCCCCUGCUGGCCUCUAUGUGUGAAUUUGGGGACCAAAGCUUCAUCAAUUCCCACCCCAGCAGGUGAGCUGUACCUUGCUAAUGCUGAAGUUCUUUGUGAGCUUAAUGUUUCAAGACCAGAUGAUUUUGCUAAAGGUGAUUUUGCUUGAUGCCGUGGCGCUGAACGUAACCCAGGUGUUUUUCUUGUUGUUUUAAACGUGGCACUUUAUCUCCACGCUAUGUUGAAAUAGAAUUAGGGGAAGCUUAAAGUAUAAUAAUUUUCCCCACAUGUGCAACACAGUCUCUUUCAAUCUGUGGCCCCAGAGGUGGCACACAGUUAAGACUUGGAGGCUGUCUCAUUCUUUUUCAUAAUGUGCGGGUUCCCGGGUGUCCGGGUGCUAGACUUUCAGCAGGCCCCAGGCCAGACGGGCUUUGGUUGAGUGAACAGGAGGAGGAAGUUAAGGAGGUAGGGGUGGGGAGAGACCCUCUCCAAGCUGCAGAAGAAGGUGGCCCAAGCUCCUUGCCUGCGUCUGCCGUGACGGUUUCAUUUUACUUCUGCUCGCUUCAUGCUAUUUGCCCCAGGAGAAGAGGAGAGUAUUCCAGACGGUAAGCGAGCUGGCUUUUUCCCUUCCCUAGACGUUUUAAAGAAAUCUUUCUGAAAGCUUGCCCUCAUCGUAAGCUUUGAAACCGUUGGUGUCCUGUUAGUGGUGAGGCCUGAGAGACACACGGAAAAUAAAGGAGAGCGACGGUGUGGCUGAGAGCCCCCAGCUCUGCUGUUGAAACUACGCUGGGCUUUUGCACCUUUAGGAAGCCUUUUUAAAGAAGUCCUGCUGUGUGGGGGCCGGAAGCCCAAGUGAGUGGCCCUUGUGGAGGUUAUCGGGAGGGGUUUUUUCCAUUCCUUGGGGAACGUGGGCAACUGGGGGAUUGUAUCUGAAGCUUUAUUCAGGUCUUCGGCGGCAGCAGAGUGGAGAACCAGGCCCUUAGUGUGUAGCGGCCUGGGGAUUUUGGGACUCAUCUGAGGACCCUGUCACUCAAGGCUUCCUCGUCUCAGUGGGGACAGGGAUAGGUGCGGUAAGUGCUAGAAGGCCGGUGGCCCCUUGUGCUGUGAGCUGGCUCAGAGCUCUGUGCAGCCCCGGUCUUCUGCAACCCCGGCGUCCUGCAGUGCCUGUGUGGACCUCAGGCCUGGGGGCUUAAUGGCCUCUGGGGCAUCUGUUGCUCUCCCAGCGGAGUGGGAAGAUUCCAUAGCACGUGCUGUGAAUAGCCAACGUUCUCACCAACAGUUUUGCGUCUUGGCAGCCACCCUGCUCGUCUGCUGCCCAGUGUACAAAAAGUACGUGCCCAGGGCAUUGGCUAUUCUUGAUCCGCUCAUCCACCACCUUUUCCUAUUGCCUUCUGGUCCUCAGGAGGUUCUGGGCCUUUCAAGGAAAGGUGAAAGGAGGUUGAGGAUGGUAGGGUCAGAGUGUCUGCCACAGGCUGCAGGGACUCUGGGCUGGGGCGCCUCUACAGACCACGCAAAUGCAGUUUGCACGAAGUCUGUCUGAUAACCCUGUGCCUUCCUGACCCAGUAAGAAGAUAUCGCAGGGCCAAUCACAAAGAUGUGGCAAAUAAAAUGAAAGUGCCCGAACACCAUGGUAGAGACCUUCCCAUUGAUUUAACGCUGCAUCCCUGGCGGGUUUUGGCUGGGUGGCCUCUGACUCUAAGCACAGUCCAGUUAUGACAGAUAUGGGCCACCCGGAGAGACCCCCAUGGCCUCUGAGCAUCCCGUACAUUCUCAGCCCCAGAGAGGCUAUAGCCAGAGUAGCCUCCUCGAAUGGGCCAUCUUGUGUAACCUCUGAGGCUCCACCCCAAGUUCACAGCUUUCAGGAAGAGGGACUGCCUGCAUCCUGCUGGCCGUGCCCAGGCCUCUCGAAGGCUGGGCUUGGGUCUGUGGUCAAAAGGCCAUCACUGCUCUGGAAUAGGUGACCUAUCCCUGAAGAUGCAAAUCUUGCUGUGACUUUUGUCCGGGAAUUGCUGGAGCACUGGGCUAGGAAUGAGAAGACCACAUCUUUCUGUGUGAACAAACCAUUUCCCCUCCCUGGCCUUGGUCUCUUUAUCUGUAAAAUGACCAGGUGGCCAGGGCUGCGCUGCACUCCCCUUCUGGGCAUAGCCAGGGCUGCUGCCAUGGGGCCUCACUUAUACUGCUGACCCUCCUGCCACCAAGACAUGAAGAUCAGAAACCAGACGCAGAAGAAAACACAGGGUCCUGGGAACUUCUGCGCUUGGCUCAUAAAUCUUUCGGGGGUAGGUCCCCUUCCCUUUACCCAGUGACUGCGUGGGGGUUGCUGCUGGCGCAGGGAGAGGCUUGUGAACAGAGCUCCCGGCUCACCGGUGAAAAUGAACCCUGUGUGCUUGUGAAGGUCUCCUCACUCCUCCUCCCCACCCCCAUCCAAAAAAGGGGGUGGGGGUGUUGGGCAAGGUUGGUUGAUGGGAACUUAUUGUUAACUGAAAACAUGAGCUGGGUGGAGAUAGAGACACCAAGAUAAGACACUCAUUGAAGGGUGGGCAGAGCCACGUGUCUUGAGAAAGUGCUGAGGUCUCCGAGCCUGUGGUUGGCAGCUUGGGAACAUGUGUUUGCCUGCGUCCCUGUCUGACUCUCUCAGUGGGAUGAAGGUGGGUAAGUAGAGACCUGAGGUUUUAUGCCUUAGGUGCCAGUAGGCUGAGGCUGGUUGGGGGUCUGGAGUCCAGUGCUUUUGUUCCAGGUGAGUGGGACAGGCCGGGUCAGAGCUACCCAGAGAGCCCGCCCCUUGCCUCCCAGUGAGCACUUUCUUGCACCACAUAUUUGAAAUGCUUUCCCAAACUUUGAGAAGCGUUCCCUGCCUGCCUCUUGCAUGGCCUCAGCUCACGAAGACGUUUGAAAUGUUUGCUUUUUGACAUAGGCAUGUAAGGAAGGGGGCGGACGGUUUCAGGGGAGAUUGGAAGGCUGGCAGCCGCUCUUCAGGGACAGCCACUGGGUCUGGGAAGACACCACCCACCUGUAAUUUGUGCCAGGCUUUCUCUUCCCUUUUCAACCUUCCUGCUGUAGAGCAAAAGCAGAGGGCUAGGUUUGUCUGAGUGUCAGCCUUGUGGGGACUUCAUCCUGGGUGGUGGGUAUGUGAAGAGGGAAGGGGGCAUGGUUGGUAAAGCUGCUGGCAUCCCAGACCCAUUUAGGGCAUGGAGCUGGGAGGCUUCCACCCCCUUUGUGUCCUGAGGUGCAGCUUCAUGCUCUGGAACGUCAGUCUAUGCCCACCCAGGCUGCGAGGUCAUGGAGACCCUGGGCCUCACCUGUCUCAGCGGCCCUCUGGCCCUGGGUCUCCAUCUGUCUUGUGUUAUUUUCACAGGUGGCCUUCCUAGUGGAGUCCCUCUCUCUAAGGCCGAAUCCAUGUGCACCAACUCAGGCCCUUACUAAGAUUCAGGUGACAUCAGACAGAUCACCUUAAGCACUCUGGGACAGUCUCUCGGCUGAAAACAGUCAUAGCAUUGAGAGGGUUAUCUCCGGGAUUCAUGAAUGUCACACAGGUUGGCAAGGUGCUUCCAUAGUGUCCUGUUCAUAGUAAACUCUCAUGACCAGCCAUUAAGGUUUACGUGGAACACAGAAGAGAAAAAGAGGAAGAGAAAGGAAUCUUUGGUCUGAGUGACCUGCAUUUAUCAUACCGUGCUAUGCAGCCCCGGCGGGGAACGCCACUGUGUCUGGGAAGAUGCCACUCACCUUUAAUUCUGCCAGGCUUUUCCUUCCUUUUUCAACCUUCCUGCUCUACAGGGAAAGCAGAGGGCUGGGCUUUUCAAAAACCCAGUGAGAGCAUGUGCACCAACUGCCUCUGUUUAGAGCCUUUCCAUCAUUUCUGGGAACAAGGUGUGCUAUAAAUAAGUGCAUCGUUUGGGAAGUCCCACCCAGCUUUUGGGUCUCCUUCUGCAUUUGCUGAUUCAGUGGGACCACCAUUACCUUCAUGUCCCGCUCACUGCCUCCCAAGAGAAGGGAGGCCCUGGGCCCUGCUACUCCAGCUCUGGAAACCUUCCACUCUCUUCAAAGCGGGCGGGGAGGGAAGGAGGGAGAGGUCUUCUGGCUUUUGGUGGAACAUAAGCGAGGACUCUGGGAUUUUCUUACAAUGUCCCGAAUCUCCCAGCUCCGGGGGUGCUGCACACCCUCUCCUCUCUGGAGGGCCCCUCUCCCACUGUCUACUCCAGACAAUCUCUGCCUCUGAGUCCUUCCAGAUACCUGAGCAUGUCAGACCCCAGAGCACCCACUUUUGGAGGACACUCACGUGGGCUGUGGUCCCUGUGCAGCCAUUUCCUACUUUCAGGGUCUUGGGGUGUUCUGUGCCGAGCCUCAGUUUCAUCAUCUGUCAAAUGGGUGAAUCUGCCACGCCUGCCUUUCACAGAUUUAGUAAGAGUUGGCAAGAGAACUUCCAUGGAGCCCUGAGUGUCCACACUGGUGCUGUUGUAAGAUGAUUUUCUGUCUUUGGAGCACUUCCUCAUGGGACACCUGAGGCAGGUUAACUUACAGGGCUUUGUUCAGUUUCCUGGUUUGCAAAAUGGGAGCGACAGAGGUUUCUAUUAGGGCUGCUGUGAGGAUGAAAUGGCUCAGUACAUUCUAGUUAUUCAUAUUAUUAUCAUCUGUCUCCAAUGUUUUUAGGUUGUCAGUAAGGUGAGGGGCUAAACCCUUCAUCUUUCCACCGCAGCUCUUCUCAAACGUGCUACACGCGGUGGAAUCAUGCAUACGUAUGUAACACACACACACGUCGUACAUGUGGUAACUGUCUUUACGUUUGGAAAAGUGAUGCAGAUAUUUGGAAAGCGACACAGAUUACUGUUAACUCAGGUUUCUGCUUUUUGCUUUCCAGUGAGGAAGGUUGAGUGGAUGGCUUGGGGCGCAGUGGGAGGAGCUCUUGUCUCUUACCGGUCAGCCUUUUUAUCUGAGGCCGUUUUCAUCACCAAUGCCUGGUCUCUGAUCUGCCUCCCUGAGGAACGCACAUGCGCUUUGUCCCAGGACUGGGAAGGAGGCGGUCUACCCUCAUCCCACGCUGAACCCCGUUUCUGCUCAAGCCUCAGAGUUGGAAACUCCAGUCCUUCUGGAGCAUCCGGGCAGGCCAGAGAUCUCAGGCUUUUCUUGCAGGCUGGGAGGUGAGCCCUCACCAAGUGACUUCUCAGAUGACGCGCUUUUCUGGGAUCCGAGGCUUAUGAAUCUACAGGGAACAUUCAGUGUCCCCAUCUGGCUCUCUAGGACACUCGUUCUAGAGGCCCGCCCGGCCGUCUCCCAGGCUCGGCUGCCUCCCGCAGGCCCUUCGCUCUGGCCUCAGCCAACAGAGCCUCCGCACGAGGGCGCAUCCGCUCUCGGACUCCCAGGGCUUGAGCCUGCACUCCCCGGAAAUAUGGAAAUUGCCCCAGCGCGGGGUUCCUUCUAACAGAGGCCCCUCCUAGGCUCAGGUUACAAACUCAUCAAUCACCCGGGAGCCCGGGAUUCAAACCCGCUCUGGAGCCGGGCUGGGGCGCAAAGCCGGAGUUCUACAGCUGAAACCUCCCAGAGAUUUUGCACACUUCUGCAAACGCGCGGGGCUGGGUGUGCGUCUCCAAACCGCGACUAGAGCGUGGGCAUUUGUUUUUUGUUUUUUGUUUUUUUUCUCUCUCUCCUAAUCUCUCCCUCUUUCUCUCUCUUUUUUUUUUUUUUUUUGCUUUACUAUCGGUGCCCCGCCCACCAGCCUCCCGUGUCUCCGCCCACGUCCCGCCCAUUACCAAAUCGGGCAGUAUUUAUCACCGUACAAAUUCAAGCUCGGAUUUGCCUUAGAGUUUAGAAGACGCGCCGGGACGGCGGGAGUUUCGGUAGAGCCAGGGAUGUGCGUGCUGGACUUCGGGUGCCGCGUGGGGAGCUCCAGGAGGGGCUGUGGGAUAGGAAGGUGGGGAAGGGGUUGCAUAGUGACACCGGUUUAUCUCUCGGUCUGUGUGUGUUGGAGCGAGCGCCGAGGCUGGAGAAGGAACUGGAUCCAAACUUGAGCUUGCUGGGGGCGCGCGGCCCCGGAGAGGUUGGGUGACCCCAGAGACUGUGGGGCCUGCGGGUUGCAAAGGCGCUGGCAUUGAGGUUUCUUCAUCCCAAGUUUGAAAGGGGUGCGCGGGUGAGAGCAAGUGGUAACGAAAGGACAAAGCCCCGCCCCUCCUGGCCGGAGGUUCACCCCCAGGACCUAGGCGGGCGCGGCCGGGCUGCUCGCUGGACCCACGUUAGAGGAGCAGGGCCGCGGAGGGAGGCCCGAGGUGUCCCAGGGACUGGCCUGUCGCUCCCGCAGGCAGUGCCGGUACCCAGACCGGUUUUUCCACCCUUCCUGCGACUUCCUUUUUGGUAUUUUAAAUUUACCGGCUCCCCUGCGGUCUACUUAUUCCAUGGGCUGGGUACCCAGGAAACCCAAACACACGGGUUAUUUCUGAUUUUCUCAUUUUGAAAAAGGAUGCCCGCCACGUUUCCGUGUUCAGAGGCUACCUGAGCACUCACAUCCUCAGCCGGGUGUGGCAGCGGCAGACACUCCCCCUACCCCUGUAAGUGCCCUCGGUGCCUCUCCCUCCUUCCUGGCCCACUGGCAGUGGGCCAUUUCUACACCCACCUGCCAUCCUCCCCCUUCCCUCAUCUCUUUGACAUGCUCACACGAUUUGCUCAAUGAGACGCCAGUUAUCCGAACGUGUGUGUGUGUGACAGUGUGUGUGUGUUUUAAUAUUCAGGGGGUGAUCAUAAACAGGAAGUAGUCACACUAGGUGCCUCUACCCUUACCCUAACCGGUGGAGUGGGGAAGAGAGGCCCCCUUCGAAAUCAGCAUGAUUCAGGAUUUUUUAUUCAAACAGUGAUGUGGGAAAAUGUAAAAUGAGAUGGGGGUGGAGGGCCGCGUACACCCCAGGGUGGGUGGAUACGGGGAGAGCAAGCAGGCUUCCCAAAUGCCUAAUGUAAUCACGGGCCAGCUGCACGCACUUGUAAAGUUGUUAUAACCCCCUCCUUGUUAUAAACAGGAAAGCCCAGAAUAUAAAGCUGGAGACCCACAUUCACAAAUACCAGGCCUCCCGCGCCAGCUGCCACGGCCUCCUUUUAUGGUGUUCCUCUCUUGCAACCUUGGCCCCAUCAGGAGGACCUUACUUUUGCCCCUGGUUCUCUAAAUGGGUUUAUUUUGAAACCUUCCUCAAUGGAGCUGUGGACCAUGAGCUCUUCCCCAGGCCCCCAGUGCCUUAGGCCUUCCCUUCCAGAGAGACUGGGCUCCCAGAGUCCACUUUCCCUCCGAUUUCCGGAGAGCCCUGGAAGGGAGGGUGUGGGAGAGCAGGUCCCUAGAGAGUGCCACCUCCUACUGGGUCUGCCACCUGUUUUUCUAGGGAGGGCCGCAUCCCCUUCUCAGCAGACACUCAGGCUUCUUAGAUACUCUCCCUGCCCCAAUCUAAAAGGUUCCUAGGACCUCAGAAAGUGUUUUACUAGACUGUGGCAUCUCGAUAUCUCCGGUUAAGCAUGGGAGAAGAAAAGGCCUUUUGUGGGAGGCCCUGGCGUUAUGGGGCUCCCCCAGGCCAGCGUAAAACUCAUCCCUGCACACCCACCCCCAUCUCCACCUCUCCUUCCUGGCUCAGCAGACCCUGCUCUGAGCCACCGCAGUCUACAUCCUGCCUCACUGACUGUGUGUGCUUACAGCGUCAAGGGGUGGACGUGAUAUUUCAAACAUCAGAUCAGUGCGUUUAUAUAUUGGGUGCCCGGAAAUUUUUCCAAAUAAACACAGCUUGAUUCAACUUGGGUGGGCGGACUUAUCAACAGACUAAUUCUAUAAACAAAUGAAGGAAUAGCCCCAAAACCGAUUGGCUGGUAUCAAAAAGACACGUGGAGGGAAAAGCUUGGAGUUUUUCAGCAAUGAAAUUUUAAUUAAUGUGGGUGGGCUGAGAACACAAGGACUGUUUAUCAUAGACAAUUUAUUUUCCAGGGCUAAGUCAACAUAUAACAGCAAACUUACAACAAUUAUUUAACAUUUUUAAAGCCAUGAAGAAGGGACAGAGCACGGAGCGGCCGGGGAGAGCGGCAGAGCCAGAGGCAGAGGCACGGCUGGCUCCCCGGGAGGGCCCUUGCGGCGCGGGGCGCAGUGCCUAGGCCGCCCGGGUCUCCUGCGUUGCGGGGAGCGCAGCGCAGGCUCUCGCUUGCCAUGAGUCACCUCUUCGAUCCCCGGCUGCCUGCCCUGGCCGCCUCGCCCAUGCUGUAUCUGUACGGUCCCGAGAGACCCGGGCUCCCUCUGGCCUUCGCCCCCGCGGCUGCUCUAGCUGCCUCGGGCCGGGCCGAGACCCCGCAGAAGCCUCCCUACAGCUACAUCGCGCUCAUCGCCAUGGCGAUCCAGGACGCGCCCGAGCAGAGGGUCACGCUCAACGGCAUCUACCAGUUCAUCAUGGACCGCUUCCCCUUCUACCACGACAACCGGCAGGGCUGGCAGAACAGCAUCCGCCACAACCUCUCGCUCAACGACUGCUUCGUCAAGGUGCCCCGCGAGAAAGGGCGGCCAGGCAAGGGCAGCUACUGGACGCUGGACCCCCGCUGCCUGGACAUGUUUGAGAACGGCAACUACCGGCGCCGGAAGAGGAAGCCCAAGCCGGGCCCCGGGGCCCCGGAGGCCAAGAGGCCCCGCGCCGAGACGCACGAGCGCAGCGCGGAGGCGCAGCCGGAGGCGGGGAGCGGGGCAGGGGGCUCGGGCCCCGCAAUCUCCCGCCUGGAGGCAGCGCCCGCCGGCCCCUCUCCCCUCCUGGACGGCCCCUCUCCGCCGGCGCCCCUCCACUGGCCGGGGACCGCGUUCCCGAACGAGGACGCUGGUGACGCUGCCCAGGGCGCAGCGGCCGUGGCGGUCGGCCAGCCAGCGCGCACAGGGGACGGCCCGGGGUCCCCUCUGCGCCCCGCCUCCCGCAGCUCUCCGAAGAGCUCCGACAAGUCCAAGAGCUUCAGCAUAGACAGCAUCCUGGCGGGAAAGCAGGGCCAGAAGCCGCCUUCAGCGGACGAACUCCUAGGGGGUGUCAAGCCUGGGCCCGGCGGCCGUCUGGGUGCCUCCCUCCUGGCCGCCUCCUCCAGCCUCCGUCCGCCUUUCAACGCUUCCCUGAUGCUCGACCCGCAUGUCCAGGGCGGCUUUUACCAGCUCGGGAUCCCCUUCCUCUCCUAUUUCCCCCUGCAGCUUCCCGACACGGUACUCCACUUCCAGUAAAGCAAACAAUGGCACGGUUCUUCUCCCGGCCCAGCCUGAGCCUCCGCUGAGCGAAAGGCCACAGCUCCCACCGGCGGAGGAUUUUAAAAUGAUCUUUGCCUGGGUCGGCCUGUGGGUUCAGGGAAGUGUUACCAACCAUUGCGCGCAGGUGGGCGCGCUGGCCUGUCUUCUCCGAAGCAAACUUUUCCCAGCAACUGGGAGCAGCUACGGAGACUUAAAAGAUCCCCGCGGGGUCAUGGGCACCGCACGUGGGCCCUGCAGGGACCUCUACCGCGGGAGAUUUCUUGACUUUUGGCCUGUCUAAUGGAGUGUGGUCUUCAGCCUCCCACCACAGGUCCUGCGCGUCCCGGGCAUGCAAGGGCCCGCAGACCACGCAAGGCAGGCCUUACAGGUGCAGUGAGGUCCUUUCGACCGGGGACCCCCCGUAUGACCGUCGCCUGCUUCGCUGUUGCCGUGUGGCUCAGGCCUUGGUUUUGAGCCCAUCUGGGUGGUGGGUGGUCACAGCUGGGUUUGUUCCUGACUUGACGUUGUGGAGGUGCCGGGGGUGACCCCGGGUUUUCAGGUUUUCUGAGAGAUGGAGGGCCCGAUGAGGAUUUAUGACCAAUGUUCAGCUAUAGAAGCUGAUAACCACCCAGAGCAAUAACACUUUUAUUUUAAACAGA